AAUGGUUCUUCUAAAAAUAGUAACGCUAUUGGUUUAUAAAUUGUAGCUCUAAGGCUGAAUGCAACAUAAAGCAUAACGAAAAUGGACUUUGGGAGUGAUUAUGUUUAUGCACAAGAAGACAAUGAUGAAUUCGAGUAUGUAGAAGAGAGCAAAUUCAAUCAUGUAACAACAGGAUAUUCUUCAGUGACUGCUGAUUACAAUGAUGAUGGAGAGACCUGUUUACUGGACAUUCUUGAUACUGCAGGACAGGAAGAAUAUUCUUCAAUGAGAGAUCAGUAUGUAAGAGAAGCUGACUGUUUCAUUAUUGUCUACUCAAUUACCGAUUCAAGCACUUUUGAUGAAGCCAAAGCAAUGUAUGACUGGACAGCACGAAUCAGAGAUAAAGCUAUGCCUGCUGUCUUAUGUGGCAACAAAUGUGAUCUUGAGAUGAGCCGUAGCGUUUCACAGAAACAAGGAGUGGACUAUGCUGCUCAAGUUGGCAUACCUUUCUUUGAGACGUCAGCUAAAGAUGACAUUAACAUCCAAGAGGCUAUUUGUGAAUUGAUCAGAAGAACACCACGAGCCCGUGGAAAAGAAUACAAAGUGGUCACAUUAGGAUCAGGAGGAGUUGGAAAAUCAUCCAUAACCAUUCGCUUCAUUCAAAAUCAUUUUGUUGAUCAGUAUGAUCCAACAAUUGAAGACUCGUACAGAAAGCAAAUGGUCAUUAAAGGGAUCCCAGAUGAAAUGAGAGUAGGAGCUGCAAAGUCUUCAAAAAAGAAAUCAAAAAAAGCAGCCACCAAUUCUUUGGGUGGAGGAGGAGGAAAGAAGAAAGGGGGACUCUUUGGCAGUUUGUUUGGUAAAAAAAGCAGUGGGGCCACACCAGCCCCACCUCCAAUAGAUGACGAUGAUGACGAUGAAGAAACAGCAAGUGCUGCUCCUAAAAAGAAAGAAGAGAAGAAAGUCAAAGUGCGACGCUCAAAUCCAAAUGCUAUUGUCCUCCAGUUGGGAAACCUUGGCACUUGCACUGACCCAUCAACUGAGGCUCAUUACUUUUGUUCUAACUGCAAUGCAGCAGUGAAUUGCCUUUCUGAGCUAAAGACCAAUGAUGGAGUGACAUCCUGGAAAUGUGAAUUUUGUGGUCAACAAAAUGACAAUGUUCCAUUAACAGUGGCACCUACUGGUAAUGCAAUUGAGUAUGAGAUUGAGCCAGCACCAAAAGCAGAGGAAGAUGACGACGAAGACAAGCCAGACAAUGAAGCAGAAGCAGCAAAAGAAGGCAAGACAAAAGCAGCCCCAGUAUCUCAAAGAAGUAACUUAAUUAUUUUUGUUGUGGACAUAAGUGGCUCGAUGAAUAUCACAACAGAAGUCCCACAACUACAAGCUGAAUGGACAUCAGCUGCUGGACGUGGAGGGGGCAAUAGGCACAUCUCACGUCUUGAAUGCUUGAAAGAAGCCAUUUCACGUCACAUGGAUCAUCUAGCAGCAACGGAGCCUAAUAAUAAAGUGGCACUUGUUACAUUUGAUAACAAGGUGACUUACUACGGAGAUUGCUCCACAAGUCCUCAGCAGCUUGAUAGUGGAGUACUAAAUGACUACCGUCAGCUAAUGGAUCAGGGACAGAGGGUUGGGAGUGACCUCUCACUAAGAAAACUAACAGAAUCAGUCGAUGACUUAAAAAGUAAAGUCCAUGGACUAAGUACAUGUGGUACUACAGCACUGGGGCCUUCCCUAGCUCUCUGUGUGGGAUUAGCAUCAAACUACCCAUCAGCUGAAAUCAUUCUUUGCACUGACGGUCUCUCUAACGUUGGCAUAGGAAACUUAGACUCAGGAAACCCUGACAGGGACUUUUAUACAACUAUGGGGGAACAUGCUCAAGCUUCUCAUACCACAGUGUCCAUCCUUGGUAUUGAAGGAGGACAGUGUGCAAUGGAUAUCCUCUCCUCUUGUGCUGCCAUUACAAAUGGAACUGUCAAUAUAUUGCAUCCAUUGGAAAUGGUCCGACAGAUCAGACUGAUAGCUCAGAAUCCAACAGUUGCAACUGAAGUACAAGUGACUUACAUUAUGCAUCCAGCAAUUGUGCUUGAUCAUCCUUCUGAGUCAUCAUCAGUAACUCUGGUGAGAUACAUGGUUGGUAAUGCUACCAGGGAGUCUGAUCUAAGCAUCACUUUCAAACUGGAGAAAUCAAAACUAAAGGAUGAAAGCGUUUUACCAUUCCAGGUUCAAAUCCGCUAUCGGCGCAAAGAUGGCUCUAAGUGGCUUCGCAUAUUAACGCAGUCCCGCAAGGUCACAAAUGACCACAAGACAGUUGAGGAAGCAAGCAACGUAGCAGUCCUUGGGAUAGCAGCUGUGCAGAGGGCAGCAAAGCUGGCUAAAGAUGGAAGGCUUGAGGAAGCCAGAGAAAACUUGCAUGCUAUUGAUCAAAUGAUACAGAGAGGGGCACAGUCUGAUCAGCAACAAGAAGAGCAUGCCAUCUACAGAGAGCAAGCAAACCUGCUGGACCUUCAGCUAAUGAAAGGAACCAGUGGAGACACUGCUGCCAAGCAGCUACAUGUAAGCAAGAAUGCACACAUGGGCCAGUUUCUGUCUGGUGCUGCUAAAAGGAAGCUUGUUCAAGAGAGGAAGGCUGAUGAGGCUGUGCAGCAGCAGUACUAUGCUUAUAAAUUUCAAUAAACUUUAAUAUCAUACUAUUAUAGUGAGGCUAGAGUCUCCAAUAUUAAUGACUAGAUCUAGAUCUAUAUAUUAUUAUUGUGACUUUGUUCAGCAGUGAAUACAUUUUUAUGCCAAUUUUCAAAUUA